GUCAACAACUGGAUUCCAGCUAUUUGUAUCUUUCGUCAACGAGCGCUGCUAGCCUGAUAAGUGUGACCAAUUGCUUUCGUUGAAACGAAUCGAAAAACGGGGUAGCCAAUUUGGACAGACGUUUUAUUCAUUGUUGUCCGCUCGAAGCGCCCUCCAUCGACAAGCUCGUGCCGAUGUGCAGUCGGUGCAAGAUAAAGGACCGACGAAAGCGAAGACAUUGCCUCGCGCACCGUCCUUUAGCCGCCUCUGAGACCAGCUAGCAGCUAACACCACAGCGGAGCGCUCGUUAGCUGCGUGCCUUUGACAGCAACGCAGCUCCGAUUUACUCCGUGACACAAUGGAUUGCCUCUGACAUUGAGAGGACUGAGGCCCAGUCGGUUGUCACAUUGGAGUAACCAGAGCCCAGAACUAUCGACGGUGGGUCUUGGUGAAGAAAAGUGGGCGAGUCGUCAGUCAACUUGCCGAUGCACCCCUGGUUUUGACCUGCCAGAGCUGCCAAGAUGAUGCCGAUGAUAUUGACGGUGUACCUCAGCGAUGGAGAGCAGGCUGUGACCGAGGUGCCCAUCACCCCUGAAACGACGUGCCGCGAUGUCGUCGAGUUCUGCAAAGAGCCCGGCGAGAGCGGCUGCCACCUGGCUGAGGUCUGGAGAGGCAACGAGCGAGCGAUCCCCUUCGAACACAUGAUGUAUGAACAUUUGCAGAAAUGGGGGCCUCGGAAACAAGAAGUAAAGUUCUUCCUCCGGCAUGAAGAUUCACCGACGGAGAGCAGUGAUCAAGGGAGUCAGCAGUCUCAGGAUCAGACGAGUCGCAGAAGUGGAAACACUGGAGAGAAGCACAGUGAGAAUGGGGUGGGGAAUCAGCGUGUCGAGCUCACGCUGUCAGAGCUGCAGGAGAUGGCCACGCGGCAGCAGCAGCAAAUCGAGGCUCAGCAGCAGAUGCUCGUCGCAAAGGAGCAACGUUUGCGUUACCUGAAGCAGCAGGAGCGGCGUCAGCAGCAGACCGUUUCAGAGAGCGAGAAACUGCAGAAGCUGAAGGAGCGCGUGGAGAGUCAGGAGGCAAAGCUCAAGAAGAUUCGGACCAUGAGAGGCCAGGUGGACUACAGCAAGGUCAUCAAUGGCAACCUGUCGACAGAGAUUGAGCAAGUCAGCGGCCUGUUCCAGGAGAAACAGGUGGAGUUACAGUCAGCGGUGCUGAAGGUUGAGCAGCUCAGCCUGCAGCUGGAGGACCUGCGGAAGGGGAAGCUCAACGGCAUACAGACCGCUCUGGGUGGCCAAGUAACCGGCGCUGCUGCCCUAGAGCUCCGUAAACUCUACCAGGAGCUUCAGAUCCGGAACAAGUUGAACCAGGAGCAAAACAGCAAGCUGAAGCAACAAAAGGAUCUUCUCAACAAACGCAACAUGGAGGUGACGCUUAUGGACAAGCGCAUCAGCGAGCUGCGGGAACGCCUCUACAAGAAAAAAGCUGAGGCACGUCAAAAAGAAAACCUUCCUCUGAACAGAGCCAACGGGCCUCCCUCUCCACAGCCAGCUCCUGGUACUCUGGGCCGUGUUGCUGCUGUUGGGCCGUACAUCCAGGUUCCUGUACCGGGUCGACAGGAAGGAGGCUACACCAUACCACCUGAUCCCCUGAAGCCUCAGACUCUGGGUGUUAAUAACCAAGCUAACCAUGGCCGCACCAAGUCAGCUAAUGAUACAGGUUGGCCUACUUUAGGCAAGACCAACACAUCGCUCAAGCCUCCUGAGAGACGAGACUCAGGGGCUGAUAGCAAGGGCAAGAGCCCUCCCUCAGGCUCCCCCGUCGCUCCAAGUGCCGAAAAGGUGCUAGACUCCAAAAUGUCUGUGUCCUCCCCGGCCAUAUCCAAGCCACAGCCCCCUCCCUAUGGCUCCCACCUCAUCUCCGCAAACUCGGCCAGCUCCUUGGAUCGGCGCAAGGAUGUACCUCCUCCUCCUCGCCCGCUCCCGAACCCGCCAGCUCCUGCUUGGCCCCGCGUGCCCCCCCACACAGGCUCAUCCUCCCAGCAAAUCCAGCAGCGUAUCUCGGUGCCGCCAAGUCCCACCUACCAGCCUCAUGCACCGCUUUUCCCUCCUGCGCUGAGCGAGCGACUGGAUCCCCCGCCCGCUGUGGCAGUACGCCCGUUUAUCCCAGACAGAGGAUCGCGGCCUCAGUCGCCCCGAAAGGGUCCACCUACCAUGAACUCCAGCUCCAUCUAUCACAUGUACCUCCAGCAGGCGGCGCCAAAGAGCCAGCCACUCAAGCCUGCUCUCAAAGCAGUAUAUGGGAAGCCUGUCUUCACCCCCAGCUCGACUCCCCCCUCGCCUCUGCCUUUCGUCCAGGCCGGAGGGGCCUUCCCAUUGCUCCAAGGCCACCUGGGUAGUGAGGACACUUUGGACGGAGAAUUUGAUGAUCACGAGUUCUUCCAGCACCCGGAGCCCUUAGCGCCUCCUCCCAGCGUGGAGAACAUCCCACGACCACUCAGCCCCACUAAGCUAACACCCAUGGUACAUUCCCCGCUGCGCUACCAAAGUGACGCCGAUCUCGAGGUGCUCCGUAAAAAGCUGGCCAACGCUCCGAGACCGCUCAAGAAGCGCAGCUCCAUCACAGAACCAGAGGGCCCCAGCGGACCUAACAUCCAAAAACUGCUCUACCAGAGAUUCAACACUCUAGCAGGAAGCAUAGAGGGAAAUGGAGUCAGUGGAUCAGGAGGUGGCAAGGGUGCGGGUAAUGGAACGCCAUUUUACCAGCCAGCUAAUCCUCCCGCAUAUCUGGCAGGCGACUCUGUGAACGACCCAGACAAUGGUAACCUCCCCUCUGAGACACUGCUACCACCAGCAGGGGCGGAGCGGCCGGGCUUCGAGGAUCCAUCUCCCUCUACUGACGCUAAUGACAACGAGCCGCUGCCCUCGCCACCGGAGCUCGACCCCGCAGAAGCAGAGGAAGCGGAGGACGACAACAAUAACAACAUGGGAAGCUCUGAGGCGUCGCUGCCCAGCCCCGUGCCGGAGGUGACCACUCCAGAAGAGAGCGGAACGGGGGUCUCACAGCCCCUGGAUAAGCGCACAAACCUGAAGAAGCCAAACUCUGAGCGCACUGGCCACGGCUUCAGGGUGAAGUUCAACCCUCUGGCGCUCCUGCUGGAUGCCUCAUUGGAGGGAGAGUUUGACCUCGUCCAGAGGAUCAUCUAUGAGGUAUGUCAUGACUGUGUGGAAAAUCCCAGCACUGCCAAUGACGAGGGCAUCACACCCCUGCACAACGCCGUGUGUGCGGGACACCACCACAUAGUCAAGUUCCUGCUGGAUUUCGGUGUGAAUGUCAACGCCGCAGACAGUGACGGAUGGACUCCGCUUCACUGUGCCGCCUCCUGCAACAGUGUUCAUCUCUGCAAGGUGUUGGUGGAGUCGGGGGCUGCCAUCUUUGCCAGCACCAUCAGUGAUGUGGAGACUGCUGCAGAUAAAUGCGAGGAAAUGGAAGAGGGUUUCAUCCAGUGCUCCCAGUUUCUAUACGGUGUUCAAGAGAAGAUGGGUGUAAUGAACAAAGGGACAGUGUAUGCUCUGUGGGAGUACAAUACUCAGAACCAGGACGAGCUGGCGUUCAGCGAGGGGGACGCCAUCACUAUUCUGCGACGACAGGACGACAGUGAAACAGACUGGUGGUGGGCGCAACUGGAGGACAACGAGGGCUAUGUGCCCCGCAACCUGCUGGGGCUCUAUCCCAGGAUCAAGCCUCGUCAGCGCUCCCUGGCAUAGUGUCUCACUCCACUGACCUCUGGCCAUCAGCUGAACUAGUGACAAAACCAAGAGCCGAGAACAAAGGGGCCUGGUGCCCUGUCUUCUCCCCGUGGCCAUAACCUCCCCCGACCAUGUGCUUUUCACAAAAUCCUUUUUUCUCUGAAGCAGUGGGCACCAAACUCUGACACACAUAUUUACAAAAGCACACUCCAAAAGCGAAAAUCUCUCCAACCACUCCAUCCUGAUCCCUCUCUCUCUCUCUCUCUCUCUCUCUUUCCCACCUUUCAACUUAUCGCUCCGUCACCUUGAUUUACCCUGAUUCAGUGUCAGCUCUGUAGCCGACAUCGACUUGAAGAAGAAAACACUAACCCGUGUCUCAGUAUUUCCUGCAGUGUUCACUCUUCUUCAGCCAUGAGUUCUAUGGUGGAUCUGGUUGCACAACACUAAACGGUGACUAGAAAAUCAUCUCUCAUGGUGAGGCGAUGCUGAUUUUUAUUGGUGAAAUUUACUUUGAGUUAUGGUACGUUUUUUAUGCAAAUUUGAUCCCCUUGCACAGAAAAAUGUGUUCUGUGUUUGAUUUUGCUGUCGUCUAACCACCAAAGAUGAAUAUAGAUUUAACAAUUACCCUCCAAUCAGUAAUUAACAGCUCCCGGGAGUUUGUUUAACGUCCUUCUAGAUAUUGUCAUGAUUUAGAAAAGAAAAAAAAUCCUAAGUAUUAACUACACGGCCAGUCAGAACAAAUCCAACAUAUUAAAGCAAUGAUGAAUAUAGAUUGUCAGCUCACUCCUUGUCAUGAACAUCAUUUGAAGACUUGUUUUUUCAUUCAGUGUCAUCUGGAUGCAGGGUAAUCCAGUUUUUCUGUUAUGUGGGAUUUCAAGAUCUAUUAAACUGUGUGAAAAUACUGAGUUUGUAUGUUUGCUACACUGGUGAUCUCUGAAAUUAACAAAUGCUGCAGUUUCCGAAAGAUCCUGUGAUGGAAACAGUAUUUGACUACCAAAAAAAGUUGAUUGAGAAGCGGUUAAUGCACAACAUCUGUAGAGUGUAUAUAAAGGUCCACAUGUAAAAUAUAUCUUACUUAAGGUAUUGCAACAUUUAGGGAUUGGGGGGAAAGAAAGUUGUUUUAUAUUUUUAAAUUCCCCAGUGGUGAGGUUGGAAAGAAUCAACUCCACAGAGACAGAAAUAUGCUAGUUAUUGAUUGUGUUAUUGGGUCAUUUCUGCUCAUUUACAGUCAUUUACAGCAUGUUAAGUGUUUUCAAACAUUUAAAGUAAGUUGGUACUCACUUCAAAGAUUUAGUCAUUAAUUUUCUGACUUCUGGUACCUGAUUAGAUUUACAAUUUUAACCCGACAACGUGGCAAAGAAGAUAGGAUAAAUUGUAAAAGUCCAGACACUGUGCCUCAAAAACACUGAACUCAUCACCCAAACCAUAUUACACACUUUAUUUACCACAUUUGACAAAGUGAACACUAUAUCAAUGACCUAGUUUUGGUCUAUGGUCAUCUACUGUCGCAGUUAUUUUUCUGUGACUGUCACAAACCCCACUUGAAACACUCUCAGGACCACUAUGGUGCUGCUGACACUGUUCCACCACUAAACUAGUGAUCAUCUUUCUAUUUCUAUCUCUACAAACAAAUCUCUCUCUGCAAUGGGCAAAAAUGAUUGAUCGAUGAAGAGAAGGUUAUUGUGUCUGAAAUGUAAAUUUGCUUCAGACAAUCCUGAAUUCGCCCAGUUCUCUUCCUCCAGCUGCCCCUCUUUCAGGUAUUCACCAUUCCAGUUACACUCAUACACCUGUUACAUGUCACAUCAUUGGACAUCUAGAGUCCAUCAACUUGUUCUGAACCUUGAGUGACUGAGUGUUAUGCCAAGUGUGCAAGUGGCCCAGGCUCUAUCAUGGCUUAAUCUGUACAUAGUGGGAGGAGACGUGCUAUAUGUUUGCUGUAUGGACAAGUGGGCUUUCUGUAUAAACGCUGUACUCACAGAUUGAAUUAUGUAAAUGUGAAUAAUAAAACAGAAGCUCUGGCAUGA